AUGACUCUCACAGCGGGACCGAUGUCGUCGUCAGACGCGAUAACGACAACAGCAAGUUUAUCGGGGACACCAUGGGUGCAAUCUCGUGCGGUGCUGCAGCACGACUGCGUCAUUCCUGGCGAGAAAUCUGACCGCGAGGACGAUGCAUCUCCAACUGCGUUGUCUCUCGGAAAGUGUCGGUGAGUGUUGCCAGGGAGAGUGCUGCCUGCUACAGCAGAGCAUUCAAUCAGUUAUUGGAAAACGUUUGUGAAAGCAACUCAGUCAAGCACAAACAGAGAAGAUCUGUUGAGUGAGGACUGCACCAAGAGAGAAUUUGGCAGCCAUCCUAACAACCUUCGCCCUACCGUCUGGACCACGUGAAGACAUUAAAUGAAAUAAUUUCUCCACUCGUCCUCAUGACAACACUUCGUUUUGCAAACUUCUUAAGAAGGAUCUUCCUAAAGGACUUAAAUACUCGAAAAGCGAAGGGAUCGAAUCGAAAUGCGCAUGACAGGUCCUUGUGCCCGUCCAGAUACACUUUCCAGAAAAUCUUGCAAUGACUCUUAGUCCUCGACAGUUUGAGAACAUUUCGGCUGGAUAAGUACAAUAUUAGGUUUAACAAAGAUUUAAGGGUGAAAGAAACGAUGGUUUGCAUGAAAAUAUUCUGGAUUCUGGCUUGGAGUGCUCUUCUUCUCAUGGCAAUCAACGGACAUCCUCAGUGCCUAGACUUCCGCCCGCCCUUCGAGAACGAAGAGUCGCUGUCCUUCUGCGGCAACUACACAGACUUCGGGUGCUGUACGGCAAGCGACGACGCCAGCCUGCGGCAGGAGUAUCUGGUGGCGCAGCAGCGGACAACGUCCAGCAACGAGUGGACGCGAUGCCAGAGCUACGUCCAGGAACUGUUGUGUCAGCAGUGCUCACCUUACGCCGCGCACAUCUUCGACGCCGAACGCACGAUGCGCGCGAGGACAUUCCCCGGCCUUUGUACGAGCUACUGCCUCGAUUUCUUCCACGCCUGUAGCAGCCUCAUCCCUGUCAUCGACCCCAGCUUGGCCGGAAGUCGCCUUUUGCUUCACGGGGAGACGUUCUGCCUGCACGUCGGUCUGACGGAUGUGGACUACUGCUACCCAGACCUGCUGCAGAGCCCGCAGCUCAACACAGAGCUGCAGCAGAGGCGGGACCAGGAAACCAGCGAAGGAUGCCUGUGCCUGGAGCCCGUAGGGAAUAAGCUGGCGGCCCCUUUGCUGGCAAAACACGCGGGGGACGGCUCGGGCCGCCUCUUCGUGGGCGAGCAGCCGGGAGUCGUGCGCAUUCUUUUCCCGAAAGAGAAGGCGAUGCUUCCGGUUCCGUUUCUGAACAUCACGGCCCGCGUCGAGACGUCCAACUGGUAUGGGGACGAGAGGGGCUUCCUCGGCCUAGCCUUCCAUCGAGGGUUUGCAGAGAACGGACGGUUUUUCGUGUACUACUCGACUCCCCUGCAGGACGACGAUGGCCUUACCGAACUGGAGGAAGCGAUGGGAAUGGACAGUCUUGACCACAAGAUCCGUAUCAGCGAGAUGCGGGUGUCGCAGGACAACCCCAACGUGGCGGAUGUAAACUACGAGAAGAUCCUUUUGGAGAUCAAUCAGCCUUACGCCAACCACAAUGGGGGCGAGCUGUUGGUCCUGGAAGAUGGCUACCUUUACAUAUUCGUGGGUGAUGGAGGAGCCAGUGGAGACCCUCACAACGUAUCUCAAAACAGGCAAUCUCUCCUUGGAAAAGUGCUUCGCCUCGAUGUUGAUUCGCAUCCCGAUCUCCCCUACUCAAUACCACGUGACAACCCUUUCGUGGGCAUCAACGGCACCCGUCCAGAGAUCUUUGCUUUGGGUGUCAGAAACAUAUGGCGGUGCGGGGUGGACAGCGGUGACAGAAAGACAGGGGAGCGCAAGGGACUCGUCCUGUGUGGAGACGUAGGACAGAACGCGUACGAAGAACUGGACAUUCUAAGGAAAGGGGCCAACUAUGGCUGGCGAAGCAGGGAAGGGCUUGAGUGCUACGACGAAGAGAUGUGCGGAAGUAUUGGGGAUGAGGAGCUGCCUGUACAUACGUAUCCCCACUCCACAGGGAAGUCGGUUACAGGAGGACAGUUCUACCGCGGGUGCGAAAGCCCUGCACUAGACGGGUUGUACAUCUAUGGUGACUAUAUGAACGGCCGUUUGUUCUCUCUCAAGGAGAACGGCACCGGUCAGUGGAGAAACUCGGACUUGUCGCUGUGUGGCACUGACGUCUGCUUCAACGGUCUGACCAACAACUAUGACAAGUACAUUUUGUCGUUUGGAGAGGACCAGGAUGGUGAGAUAUACAUGCUGACAAGCCGCAGCAGCCGACCUCGCAGGAGAGAUGGUCAAAUAUUCAAAAUUGUUGACCCGCAGAGGAGGGGAAAUCCAACUGAAUGUCUGUCAGCAAGAAAAGAAGGUCGGCUUCCUUUGGUGCAGGCACAGGCACAGGCACGGAACAACGGAACUUCAGGGACCGGCAUGAUACCGUCCAUACGAGGGAUCAACAUGCGCCGAUGCGGAACCACACCAUCUCCCUCCUGCCUGCGCAGGCGAGGUAGUCGCAGACGACACAGAAACAGAGGAGCCUCCUGAACUACCUUGUCUAAAAGUCAUCAUCUGUGUGUGUGUGUGUGAUCCUUCUGAGUUUAUACUGUUUGGAGAAUUUUGUUCUUUCUGUUAUAAACUUUCCUUCAUACCUCAAGAAUGCUUAAAAGUUUUAACAUUCUGUCAGUUUGUUCCGGAUGUGUCUUACUGCUAUAUGGUUUUGAUAUGUGGGCCGCACAUUGAAGUUUAUAUGUAAACCCUAUCCUUCCUCGGCUUGGAAUGCACAGACCACCGAACGAGUGUGUAAAUGACAUUAUUACUUUUGCGGAGUCCAGAUUUGAGCCGUAAAUUUGAAAUCGUGGAUUGUGAAAGAGUAACAUAUGGAUGAAUAGAUAUAAUUGAGAGUACAAUGCCUUUUCAUAGGAUGAUUGCAUCCACAUUGCUUCAUUAUAUCUUUGUGAUGUACUCUUUUUGUAAAGCGCUUUGAGUUCGCUGCUAAGUCAGGAAAUACCCUAAAUAACUGCUGUUUGAUAACAGUUAUGCAAUAUAUAUCAAGUAUAUAUUCCCAAGUAUAUCUAGUGUGCAAAGUUAACAGUUAAACAGAAAUAAAUUCAGUUACUAGAAAGAACAAUAAAGUACUUAUUAAUUGUGUGAGGGAAGAGAAAACAACAACAAAACAAGAGUCAUGAGUAGUGACAAGGGUAAAAAUACAUGCUUUUGAAAGCUGUUGCUGUUGUUUACCUGUGUUUAUUCUGCGUGCGCGUUGUCAUCUGUUGCCAGAAGUUUCCAAAGUGAAUCUUAGUUUGUCCGUAGUACUUUUUUUAAGCCAGUCCGCUCAUGUUGGACAACCAUGCCAGCAGGGACUGUUGCUGUGGAGAUCAGAGGCUCCUGUUUCCGACAACACACUACAAAGCACUCGUGACUUUAGCUUCUUCCCACCUGCCAUCAUGAAGACCACGGAAAGCACGAGGUUGGCCGUCCUCGACACUCUUUUGUCUUAGUCCACCAGGUGCGUCGCCUGCAGGAUGAACGCUAAGUUGUUGUCGUGCAGAAGGAGUGCGAGAAUUCGAGCAGCUUCGUUUCGCCACAAACUACAUCACGAGUGAAAUAUUUAAAUAUAAGUGCUAAGUCGAUAAGGAUGAAUGUGAGUUAAAACUUCGUAAUGGUAUCAACCUCUCCUUGUCUUUCCGUAGCUUCCUUACCGGCCAGACAGCUGUAACUGCUGCUGCUGUCAGUCCUGCUUUAAAUGCUGCUGUUACAGUCGAGCCCUUCGGAGAUGGGAGAGAAAUGGUGCCAGCUUCCUAAAAAAAUUAAUGAUAGGUACAAAGGGCGGGGAGCAAGGACUUUUCCACACUGCUUAACAUGAAGAGAAUUUGUAGAACUUGUUGCAGGAGGCGAAGCAAAAAAAAAAAAAAAAA